AUGUCCGGACGAGGGCUGAUGCAGGAGGAAGGUCGGAAACAUUACUUGAUAAAGAGAAUCCUCUGCCGAGAGCGUUCAUGGGUUCUCUGUAACAUUGCAUUCGGAGAACUCAUUGUCAACUUUACGGACACUCACAUAUCCGAAAACGUAGAUACCCUUUUGCCAGUUCUCAUCGACGUUUUACGCGACAUACCCCACAUCGACUUCGACAAAUGUUUAUCAUGGGAAGAAUGGGCACUUCCUGAUCAGCUUGUUUACUCGACCAUAUCUGCUCUCCUGCGUAUCUCGAGCUCACAUCCCAUUUACAGCGCACCAGCAACGGAAGCAAUUUGCGCGUUCAUAUCCGAUGUGGUAGAAAAUAUCAAGGCGGGAGAUUCACUGGAUGUCCUCACCCAACUUACACCGGCCCUUCAUGGAAUGUACAGAGCCAUUAGCUCCAGGUGUUUCACUUGGAGUCUUUCUCAGUGGCAGAUGCUCGCUGAUCAACUUAAAUACAUGUGCUCUCCUGACAUGGUGGACCAUCUCAAUCACCUUAUCACUGACCUCGUUGAAUCCGACGAUUCCGACGAGGGUACUCUUCAAUUUGUUCAAACUUUCCUUGCCCGAUAUAUCUCCCGUGGACGUCCACUCAGCGGAUAUUUCAUCGUUUGUUGUGUAAUUGAAACGCUGUGGACAGUGCUGGCACAGGUUUUGGCACCACCUCCCGCUGAUAUCGUUCCAGGAGUUUCAGAAGCUGCUGCUGCAAAUAAAGCCUGGAACUCAUUGAUGCGACAGGCUGCCAUGGAGCUCGAGAUCGCCGACCAGAAGACCGUUUCUGCCCUGAAUAACGUCACUGACUAUGCCAUGCAAUGCUUCACCGACCUUCUCGUCCAGAUUGAGGAAAUGGAACAGGAGCCUUCUUUAGAUACGUAUGCUUGGGAGACUAUGUCAGAAAGUCUAAAAUUGGCCUCUGUAUGUUCAAUUGUACUUCGCAAAUUCGAUGACAAAUUGCUUCAACGGCUGCUGCUUUUGCUCAGUGACGAAGCUCCGAUCUCCGAUAAUCUUGUUCAGGAGGCUGCUCUCAAAGCCACCACUGUUCUCGUUCAAAACAAAGCUUCGCAAUUGGCAGCUCAUCUUAGACGGUUUGUCACCUCGCCUAUCCCCAUUUUCGAGUUCGAAUUCGCGUCGGAAUCUCGAGCACCUCCACCUUUAGCUGCCGCCGCCAAAUGUCUUGCGUUAUGCAUCAGACUCGCUCCUGGCGAUGAUCUCAUAAUGUCAAACAUGUACUCGCUACUCAAUUAUAUCGCCGCAACCAGCAAAGAGAUAUACGAAAGCUCCAGUAAUUCACAGUUAAUGAACAAUCCAUUGUAUCAGGGUCUCGAUCGUCAUUCAGUGGUGAACGUGGAGACCGGCUUACGAGGGCUCUCAGACGACCAAAAAAGAUUAGUCGGUAUCAGCACGAUUUCUGUGGUGACUAGGCUGGCUUUGGAGUUUCGCAUGGAAGAGGUGACCCGCUUGACUGUCUCAAUGUUGCUUCAACGCUUGCGAUCUGCUGAACCAACCGUGGAAGCGGCCAUUGCCUACAACCUUGUUGACCUUGCUUUAUCCGCACCCGACAGUUCCUUCAUUGAUAUAAUCAGAGCAUUCUCCAUGAUCAACCGCUCAGCCAACCCUGACGACCCAAGAUUCUCAAACAACAUGGUUCUUGCUGCCCAAACUCGUUUGGCACAAGAACUGCAUCGCCGCCCUGAGCUUUAUGAAAUAUAUCUCGUCGAGCUUCUUACGCUCUUUGCUGACAAGGGCGUCGCUAUCCAGAACGUGAAGACCGAAAAUCAUCACAUCAAGAUAGAUGAUAUGAUCGAGCAGCUAGCUUCUCUCCUACUCCCCAUCGAUGCCUUGUUGUCACAUGAAAAUUUUACCCCUCAAAUCGACGAGUCGCCAACUUUGGUUUCCCUGUUCCGUAACAUGUGGUUUCUCUGCAUACUAUUUCACUUUACGACAGAUGAUAAAGAGGCCACUGCUAUGGACUGGCAGAAACCUGCUUUGGCACGUAUCGCGACGAAAACACCCGCGAUGGUCAUGGAGGAAUCUCAUGAUUCCGUUGCUAGUGACGUGGAGUAUAACUCUGUCAUUCGACAAGACUAUGCGCAUACGGUCAUAUCUAAACAUCGUUCGUGUUUGACCAAGCACAUUUCGCUUCGUAGUAGCGACAUUCGUGGAUUGUCUUCAGGUCAAAUCAUCUUCCUGCUGACUAUGCAUGACAUGGAGAGCAUGCGCUCAGCCGCGGGCCUCACCUCUUCUCUCGUUUCUUACUUCAUCAACGAAAGCUUAAACAGACAUCCUGCUUUGAGUGCUUGUAUGGAUUCUAUCGCUGAAAAGGUCAUUCGGGGUUGUAUCAUUGACCUCAACACCGAGGCAGCCCAACAAGCAUUACCGGAAAGACUUUCGGCCGAACUCCGAACGUUGCUCAUCUGCGGCACCCAUCGUAUGGCGAAAGCAAGAGAUGUAGCGUCAAAAUUCUUAAAUCGGCUAAUUUCAUCUUUCCCAUCGCUAAUGUGCGAUCCCCCCCUGGUAUUCGCUAUCUUGGAGGUUUUGACAUUGCUCCGGCGGGCUUGUGACAAUGAGUUUACUGACGAGUUCAACCCUGUUUACGAGUUCGAAUCUAGGCGCACUGAAAUCAAGCUUCAUCUACCGGACAGUUACCAAGUUCGAAACGAAAUACUUGUUCAACUUCAACGGAAUGCCAAUACAUGGUUUGAACUUGCUCUUGGUCGUGCUCCACUCGAACUUCAGUCAACCUUACAGAAAUAUCUCGCAGUCGGUCAAAUUUCCUCCGAUGCUUCUGAACUUGGUGCAUCUAUCGCUGAGAAAUUUGGUAAAGCCAUAGGUCCCGUGCAACGUCAACUCACGUCUUUGGCCAAAUUGUCAAGUUGGAGUUCGGAUAAAGCCAAAGUGCUUGCCAGUCAAAUCGCCAGCAAGGGAUACUUUGCGGGAGAGGCGGCUGGUCUCAGACUCGCAAGCCGUGUAGCCUCCGACCGACUUGAGCAGCUUCCCCCCCAAGAUGCCCCUUCAGGAGAACUCAUGGCACUGAAGAAAAAGCUAGCAAAGUCCAUGAAGGAAAUACGCAGCAAAACCAGUACUCUAACUGUUCAGGACCUGAAACGACUUCUAUUUCGGUGCGCUGCUACUUUAAUAUCGUUGAAUAAGAGUGAUCACGAGCUAUUGCACUAUCUAGUAUCCAUUCCUUUCGAAGUGUCUACCCCUUCUUCAAUUUCAGCUGCCAUUGAAGUUUGGACGUGGGUAAUCGCUGAGAAACCGAGUAUCGAAGUUGCUCUUAUGAGCGAACUUCUCUCAGCCUGGACUGACACCAUCAAAAACGAAAAAGGUAUUUUUUCGACCAAUCUGAACUAUGACGACCCAUUCUAUCAUCCUAUCAGUUAUAGUCCUACUGAUAAAGACACCAUUGACCUCGGUACUGCUAAUGCUCGUAGACUCUUAACACCUCAUGCAUUGGUUCUGCAAAUGCUUCUUAGUCGUCUCCAAGCUGCCAGAUAUCGUAGACCGGGUGUCAUGUUCUUGCUUCAACAUCUGGUACUACGAUCAGCUAGAGCACACCAGUCAUUCAGUACCCAUGCUUUGGCUCGCGAAGCCCGAUUUUCAUUCUUGAUGUUUGGAUUCGAAACUCUAAGGAGCUCGCAUCUUGAUUCGUUUUGCGAGCAUACCAUAAGAGAAAGCCUUUAUGCCAUAGCGUACGCCUGGUUCGCUGUUCGGCCCCAAUGGUCGUACGGUGCCAAUCGAGUUCAAAUCGAUGCGGAUGUCAAAGUGCUCUCCGAAUUCCUGUCGUAUUUGCAAGCAGAUUCAAUCCGUGAUACACUCACUGUUUCAAGUCUGGCGCCAUCGCAAUUCGCGCCCCGAGCUUCUUUUUACGCAUCCCGUGUUCGGGACGUCAACCAGCCCCUUCGUUUGUUAGUCGAGAACGAAAUUUUCCGUCUCAAUGUGUGGGCCAACCCAAUGAAUGAGCCUAAACGUGGCACAGAUCAUAUUGGGAUGACAUUGGUCGAGAGCUCGUGGCCUGCCUUGAUAAGGACUCUCUGGCAGAUUAACCCAGCCAUUGCUGUUUACUUAACGGAACGCUUCAAGUUGAACGUCAUCCGCAGUGAGGUGACCAAACUCGUGCGGUCUUCUACAGCCGAUGUGUUAGAUGUUCCCGAAGCUUUGAACUUCCUGCUCGGGGAAGGGGUAGAGUUGGCAGCAGUUCGUCGUGAUUUAAAGGCUGGUUCUAUUGCCCUUUCCCCGAGACGCCCACCUAAUUUAGUGAUUCAUCUAGUUGCUUCCUUUAGCGAUCCUCUCCUCCUGCAAUAUGCGCAUCGAGUAUUGGAGCAACACCCUGUGGAGCUAACAUUCUUCUUCGUUCCACAGGUAGUCCAGGCUCUCAGAUAUGAUGAACUCGGUUAUGUCUCUCGAUUCAUCUUUGAAACAGCAAAAAUUUCGCAGCUCUUCUGUCAUCAGAUCAUCUGGAACAUGAAAGCCAACUGUUAUAAAGAUGAUCUAGCUGAAGUUGAAGAUCCAAUGAAACCCAUGCUGGACCUUAUAACAACUCGGGUGGUCAACUCUCUCUCGGGAGAGGCACGAGCUUUUUACGAUCGUGAAUUUGGUUUUUUCAACGAGGUGACAUCAAUCUCAGGGAAGCUAAAACCAUUCAUUAAGAAGACGAAGCCCGAGAAGAAAGCCAAGAUCGACGAGGAGAUGGCAAAGAUUGUGGUGGACGUUGGAGUAUACCUUCCCAGUAAUCCUGAUGGCGUCGUAGUGGAUAUAGACAAGAAAUCAGGCAGACCUCUUCAGAGUCACGCGAAGGCCCCCUUCAUGGCAACUUUCAAGGUUCGCAAGGAGCGCGUAUCUAUUGAGAAGGAUCCUGAAUCUCUGGGCGAUAAUGGAAUCGAGCGUCAUGUCGAAUUUGAUGUCUGGCAACAGGCAAUCUUCAAAGUCGGAGAUGACUGCCGUCAGGAUGUUCUGGCGCUACAGAUUAUCGCGAUGUUCAAAAACAUCUUUACCUCAGUCGGGUUGACACUUUACCUUUAUCCGUAUCGUGUAACGGCCACCGCUCCGGGUUGUGGUGUUAUAGAUGUCGUGCCAAACGCCACUUCUAGGGACGAGAUGGGGCGUGCUAAAGUCAACGAUUUGCUGGACUUUUUUGUGGCUAAAUAUGGUGGUCAAGAUACUAUUCCCUUCCAGCGCGCGCGGUUAAAUUUCAUUCAGUCUAUGGCUGCCUACUCCGUAGCGUGUUACAUUUUGCAAAUCAAGGAUCGCCACAAUGGAAACAUCAUGAUAGACGGCGAAGGUCAUAUCGUCCACAUUGACUUCGGCUUCCUGUUCGACAUUGGCCCAGGUGGCGUCAAAUUCGAGCCGUCAUCUUUCAAGCUCAACCACGAAAUGAUUGUGUUGAUGGGUGGACGGUAUUCACAGGGAUAUCAGCUUUUCCAGCAUCUGACCGUUAAAGCAUUCCUCGCCAUUCGCCCGUAUGCUGACCAACUAGUCGAUACUGUGCAGCUGAUGCUAGGCACUGGCCUUCCCUCCUUCAAAGGAGAAGGCACAAUCAAGCGUUUGAGGGACCGUUACGCGUUAGGGCUAAAUGAGCGACUGGCAGCAGAGUAUAUGAUGGGUGUGAUUAAGAAUGCGCACGAGAAUGUGAGGAGUACGGUUUAUGACGAAUUUCAAAGGCUGCAAAAUGGAAUUCCGUACAAGUAA